AUGGCAUCACGCGACAACAAUGGAGGCGACAUGGAUGCUUGGAACGAUCCGGUCUUCCAGUCCACUACCUUUGACGAGUCGAUGGCUACUGACUCGCCAAACUACGACUUCACCCUACAGAAUUUCACUCACUUCAACGACGCUUAUGACGACUCUACCGGCUUGAAUCACCGCACACCUUCGAAGACUGGCUGGGACAUGGUCUCCACUCCAGCGGCUCAGCAGCAGCAACAGUUCGUCGGCAUGCCUGUCGGCGCGUCUGCGGAGAGCUCCAGCCAGGACUCUGCAUCUGACUCGUCGAGCAGGCGAAAGAGGAAGGUAACAGAAUCACCAAUGUCAGACACGAACACUGAGCUCGGCAUCAAGAAAGAGGAUUCCAUGAUUGGAGGUGCGCAUAUGGAGAAGGUGCAGUCAUAUGGCGUGCCUACUCGACCCAUGAACCAACUUUCGCUCGAUCCGGAAAGCGCGAUGGAUUCCAGCUUCGACUUCAACAGCGCCGCUUCAAGCCCAAGCGCGCCGCGCGAAUACAACCAGGCUGUUUUCAGUACUCAAGCCCCGCGUCUCCAGAACAAUACUGCGCUUCAUCGCUACCAGCCGUCGCCGACUAUUAAUCCGCAUAUCUUCGAGUUUGGUGAGAACAAACCUGCUGUCACCGAGGCGAUGUUACUGAGCGGCGCCUCGCCGAAUGCCGUGACUUCGACGCCUAGCUCUGACAGUAACGAGCUGUUCGGCACUAAUUCAAUGUGGGGUGCACUGAACCCAACAUGGUCAGGCGACACAAUGAGCACUCAGUACGCUUCUCCAGCGACGUACCGCUUUCCAGCAUCGCCCAGCGUGAAUGGCACGGCAUCUUCGGUAGUUUCGCGCGGGUCAGUAGCACCGCUUGGCAGAUGUCCAUUGUACAUUGCUCCAAUCUCCACCAAGUCUCGCGUGGAAACCCAGAUCAACGUGCACAUGAUCGUGGAGAACUUACCGGCAAAUAUCGAGUGGCUGCAUUUGCCACUACACACCAUCGCCAAGUCGAAACUGCUUGCGAAAGAGGAUUACGACAAAAGCAGAGUACUUGAGCUCCACGUCUACCUUGUCUGUACAAGCGCGAUGCAGAACCCGCAACUACGGGAGAAAGCGCUGAAGCGUGCUGCCGCUCAGAACAACUCUGCAAUCCAGCGCCGUGCGGAGCAGCAAAAACGCACCGUGGACGAGGAGAAGAACGACCCGAAGAAUGUGGAUGAAGCUGAUAAGCCAUUGAAUGGAGGUGAGGUGCGCAUUUGCACCAACUGCAUACAGCGCGAACGCAAACGAGCAGGCCGCAAGAAGCUCAAGAAAGAAGAAGAGCAACAGCACUGGGAGCGUUUUGAAACCGAGCGUGUUGUCGUGUUCAAUUCGAAUGAGUACCUGCCAUUCAAGCCCUAUGAUCCGAGUCAGCGCGACACUGCGCUGAGCGACGAUCAACCGUAUUCGCCACCAGAGGGUGCGAUGCAGGUGCAGGGUGCCAUGCGCAUUGCGUGCUACUGCCGGCACCAGAGUGAGAAGGAGGGUUUCCGUGUCAUAUUCACGAUGAAAGAUCAGCAGGGUAACGUCGUGGCGCAGCAAAUGUCGGAUUCAAUACUGAUCACGGACGAUCACAAGACGCACGGAUCAACCUUCCCUGCCGGACUGACUGGGGAGAUGUUCUACACGAACCCGGACUUCGCCUCGCCUGGUCUUACUACUUCGCAAUCCAUGAUGCAUCUCCCACAGCAUGGCAUGCCGUUCAACACGUCCAAGUCCAUGACCGAUCUUUCAGCAUUCGGGCAGCAGUUCAACCCACAUAGCCACAUCCACCAGAUGCCAAGGUCCGGCUACACAUCGCAAGCAACAUCGGCUACCAUGACGCCCACGAGCUUAUCAAGACCAGCAUCGCCUACUGGUGCAGGCCAGAUGGGACCUAACAAGAAAAGGAAGUCGUCGGGAGCCGCGAACAACCAUAAGCGUCUGCCUAGCGGCUUGCAGAUGACACCACGUGUUGACACGAACCAGCCACCGUCGUCGAACAUGCCCUCCGCUAUAUCCAUGACUUCACCAGUGUUCUCACCCUCUGCAGACGGCUUCGGACAGUCAUACAUGACGAUACCGAAUCAUAACGGUCCUGCCCAGUUCUACGGUAGCGGUCCGCCAACACCAAGCGAGAACUACCAGCAAGGCGGGUUCACGGAGGCGCAGCUUCAGGCGCACUUCAAUCGCUCACAGAACGCGCAGGCAUACUUCUCGCAUCCUUCGUCUGCUGUGCCCAGUCGAGCCCAGAGUCCGACGCUCCAUCCAUCUCGGCCAAACCUCCCAGCAUAUGCCCGUCACCCGAUCCAGACUCCUACGAACAUCCAAGGCCGGCACGCAUACCAACAACAUCUCGCCCACGCAUCUGCCGGAGCCGACCAAGACCAGAUUUCGACGCCAACGAUAACCAAGAUCACGCCAAAUGAAGGGCCGACCAUGGGUGGGACGGAGGUCUCUGUCUACGGCUUCAACUUCCAAAACGGCUCCUCGGUGAUGUUUGGCGAUCAGCAGGGCAUCACAACCUACUACGGUCCUCAGGCACUUCUAGCCAUCACUCCGCCGAGUAGGCCCGGCGGCGUGAAUGUCGCAGUCGUCCCUUCUGCUGGCCUGCAGCAGCCUCAGAGUGGCCAGUAUAUGGCUCAUUCUGGCAAUCGCCAGAUCUUCACCUACUCGGACCGGGAUCCGCAGACGAUGGAGAAAGCGCUGAGAUUCUACAGUCUGCAGCAGAACGGGUCGGCCUCACAAUGGCAGCAGACUGCGGUGCAUGCGGCGCAGCAGUAUACCAACCAGGAGCUCGGUCAGAGCAAUAUGAGGAUUCAAAGUGAGUACUAG